UUUCAGCCUAUGGACAGAGAAGAGUUCUAGUCAUGGAAACUGAACAGCCAAUAGCAAGAGGACAGGGGCGGUAUGUUCCGGCUGCCGACUGUGGAAGCCGGAGUCCCACCUGUGUCCCCACAGCCCUGUCACGAAUCCUGGUCGAGUUCUGGGAGGGACGGCCUCGGGACGGCGGGCCGGGUGCGGCUCGGCGGUAGAGGCUUCACUUCCUUCUCCAUCCCUGGCUGGGUCCUGGGGCGCAACUUAUUGAUUGCUGAAUAAAUGACUGAUCCAUCCAGUAAUCAACUCUGACAAUCCUCCAAAAAAUAAUUUUUUUGUGAUACUGCUGUCAGUUUAUUAAUAUAUGAAUGGUUGGCUUCAGCUUCUAAGCGUUGUGUUUUGUGCUUAUCCCCAUUGACUUUCAAUUAUUUUUACAACCUAUCCAUGUCUAUUUUUUUUAAUUCCAUAUCUUUUUCAGUCUUAUUUCUGACUCCAUUAAAAUCUUAAAAUAGAACGGCAUCCAACACAGUUUCCUUUGGAGUUCUGCAUAAUCUGUCCCUUGAGGUUGUCCCCAAAUCUGCAAGCCAAGAAGUCAGCUAUUCUCAUAACUAAUAUGAGCAUAGUUAAGUCCACGACUUCCUAGCUUGCUGAAGAAAAUGUAGCUGGAGAGAAUCAAAAGCUUUCCAGAAGUCAAAUUAUACCUGCCAAUUCUCUCCUUUGUAUACCUUGUUCAUUGUGGACAAUUGGUUCCUCGAAAAGUUAAUGUAUCUAAAAGACUGGGUUCUGUCUAUGUGUUUGGGAGGCCUAGGUCUCUCUUAGCAAUGGGAAAGUCGGCUAGGAGAAGACGUAUGUAAAAACAGACAGAAAAGCAACCCUCUGUGGUUGACAGAAUUUACCUCAGGACGAUUCUGGUCAGGGGUGGGGUGUUGUUUAUGUACACUGGUGACCAUUUUUUGGCUUUCAGACAAUGGUGAGAAUAGGGAGCUACUGAUGCAUAUUGAGCUCUCUUGCUUUAGGAACUGAUGACCCUCAAUGAUGUGGCUGGGGACUUCUGGGAAGAGUGGGUUACCUGGACACUGCUUAGAGAAUCCUCUUCAGGGAUGCUACCCAGCACAGUUAGAAGAAUGGGCCCUCAAAGGAAUUUCUAGACCUAGUGUAGUCUCCCAGCUGGAGCAGAAAGAAGAGGCAUGGGUUCUACCACUCCAAAACUCUGAGGCGAGGAGGAUCCUGAGGGAAAGCCACACAGGCUUUGAGCAUCAGGUGGCAAAGCUCAAUCAGGACAUUUCUGAAACAGCAGAACAAUAUGGAACAUCCUCAGAAAGGACCAAUAAAGACUCUCAUAGUCUUGGUUGGGGAGGAAACUGGGAGAGAGGCCUAGAAUUAGAAGAGCAACAUGGAACCCUUCCAGGAGAGGGCCAGCUGGAGCCCUUUUCACAGGAGAGGGAUUUAAACAAGCUCCUGGAUGGAUAUGUAGGACAGAAGCCCAUGUGUGGAGAAUGCGGGAAAAGCUUUAACCAGAGUUCCUAUCUCAUAAGACACCUAAGAACCCAUACUGGCGAGAGGCCCUAUAAAUGCAUAGAGUGUGGGAAAGGCUUCAAACAGAGUUCAGACCUUGUCACCCAUCGCAGAACACAUACAGGAGAGAAGCCUUACCAAUGCAAGGGGUGUGAGAAAAAGUUCAGCGACAGCUCAACACUCAUCAAACAUCAGAGAACCCACACAGGGGAGAGACCCUACGAGUGCGCAGAGUGUGGGAAGGCUUUUGGGAGGAGGCCACAUCUCGUAAUGCACCAACGAAUCCACACAGGCGAGAAGCCCUACACAUGCCUGGAAUGUCACAAAAGCUUCAGUCGAAGUUCAAAUUUUAUCACCCACCAGCGGACCCACACAGGCGUGAAGCCAUACAGCUGUAAUGACUGUGGGGAGAGUUUUAGCCAGAGCUCAGAUUUGGUUAAGCACCAACGAACCCACACGGGAGAACGGCCCUUCCAAUGCCCAGAGUGCAGGAAGGGCUUCAGAGAUAGUUCUCAUUUUGUAGCUCACAUGAGUACUCAUUCAGGAGAAAGGCCUUUCAGUUGUCCCGACUGCCAUAAAAGCUUCAGUCAGAGCUCACAUUUGGUCACGCAUCAGAGAACACACACAGGUGAGAGACCUUUUAAGUGCGAAAACUGUGGAAAAGGAUUUGCUGACAGCUCCGCCCUCAUUAAGCAUCAACGAAUCCACACAGGAGAAAGACCCUACAAAUGUGGAGAGUGUGGGAAGAGCUUCAAUCAGAGCUCCCACUUCAUCACCCAUCAGCGAAUUCACUUAGGAGACAGGCCCUACCCAUGUCCUGAGUGUGGCAAGACCUUCAAUCAGCGUUCCCAUUUCCUCACACACCAGAGAACGCACACAGGAGAAAAACCUUUCCACUGUAGUAAAUGUGACAAGAGCUUCCGUCAGAAAGCACAUCUUUUAUGCCAUCAAAACACCCAUUUGAUUUAGGAAAUAGUCUUCAGUGGUUCUGCUGCUCCCUUGCAAAUUUUCACUGCUUCUGUCUUUGAGCACCCCACAUAGAAAAAACCUGGUCAUCAGCCGCUCACUUUGGGCCCUGAUCUAUUCUCCCUCUUUCUUUUCUAUGUUAUAACAGAGAGGAUAAACUUAGAAUCCAAAUAACGGUCUAAAUACAACAGGCAUUCCUGACUCUUAGUGAAAUGUGAGUUUAAUAGUUGAUGCCAGCCAGGCGUGGUGGCUCAUGCCUGUAAUCCCAGCACUUUUGGGAGGUCAAGGCAGGUAGAUCACUUGAGGUCAGGAGUUCGAG